AUGGCCGCCUCUCCCCUCCAUUCUCUGCCGACUCGCGAACGGGACCCCCUUCACCUUGACCCCGUCUUGACGGUCUCUCAAGCCGAGUGCUGGCUCGAUCGCCUCUUCUCCGACUUCAAUAGUGCUUUCGAGUCCGUCACCCCGGUCCCGCUAGAUGCAAAGAGUGCGCAGGGGUAUAGUUCGCAGCUGGAGGUUCUGUGCCGGCGCGCGGGCGCGCUCGAGCAUGCCACCGCCAUGUUGUGUUUCUAUCUUCCCGGAGAUGUUCUCAUCAGGGUCAUUGCUAGCAUUGCGGCCGCACACUACCAACGACGUAUCUUUCGCUCAGUGGCGGACUGUGAAGUCGAUCCAUGCAUCAUCCUGUCACCCACUCUCGUCUCGAGCAUGGCACGGUAUCUCCACCAAACCCAUGCCUACCUGUGGAACGUAGACGGAUGGCAGCGCGCCAAGACCGGCAUCUAUACUGCUCUGAAGGAUGUGGGGCAAGCCUCUCAGAUGUUGAUGCGCAAUUCCCUUGAGUCCUUCUCCGAAUCACACGGCAUGUCCCUCCAAGACCUUACACUCCCUGCCCCCAUGGCGUCUUCAUCUUCGGACGCUACAUUGACUUGCCCCACACCCACGGAAGAAAUUUCCUCGUUUCUGGAUAACAUUGUCCCCGACGGCUUCAAGCAAUCUUGGACCGUGCGCGACGCCGACGCCAGACUCCGACAUAGCCAUCUCGACCCCCUGUCCGCGCAGCCCAACCUGCCAUACCUCCCACCGUCUUGCUACGCGUGUGGCUCCCAUGAUUCUGACAGUUCCUCUACGUGCUCCUCCACGGAAUCAUGCACGGCAUACUCCGGUUCUCCGGACCCACCUUCUCCCACCUGGUCCGAUUUCAAGAAGGAUCUCCCAGCCAUCAUUUGUCGCUCGCCGUCGCCCCCAAAGCAUGCGAUGGAUCUCGGCGUCCCGUCUACGCCUCCCUUUUCCUCCGCCCAUCUCAUGAUACCCGUCUCUCCCCGCUCCAAGCCGCGUCCUACUCCAAAUCACUUGUCUCUGGAGCCAACGACACCGUCGCGACCGCAUCCCAAGAUCUCUCGCAAGAAGCGUCCCCGGUCCAACUCGUCUGACGGCAUCGAGCCUGUGGAGCUUCGAUCCACCAAGACGCGCCGCCUCUCCUGGGACCUUCUUCUGCGCGACCAGACAGGCGAGGUGGUGUACCACGCUUCCUCAGGGAGCUUUACAGGCGGACUUACCCCCGACGCCCCUUCCCGUCAUGCUUCGCCUAAGCCAUCGAAGUCGAAGCCCAAACGCGCGCAACGCGCCGCGGCGCCUACUUCCCUGCCCACUCCCCCGCCUCUGGCUCGGGCUGCCUCUCCCUCUCCCCUCCCGUCCCGCUCGCGAUCGCCAUCACCACAACCUCCAUACCUUUCAUCCCGCCCACUUGCCCACGCGCCCGUCGUCGCGCCUCUCCAACCGCGGACGCUCACUCGCUCCCACUCCGAGCCCCUCGCCACCCCCUCCCGUCUCACAUCGCUCCUCGCGCCGAAGCCCAAGCUCGAGCCUCACCGCAUGCCGCCUCCUCCCUCGCGCCCGCGGAAAGGAAAAGGCCGUGCGGACCGUGGCGUCUCGGUCAUCGCUCUCUCCCCCACGAGUGACCGGGCGCCCGACCUCAAGCCCAGGCCCCGCUCGCCCGAUCUCUGCGACUGGGACGACCUCCUCGCGUUGUCGGCGCACGGCACGACGCCGUGCCCCGCGGACGCUCCGUUCACCGCGCGAGGCCCGCCCGUUUCAGGCGGGAAGCCCUCUCGCGGCGACGGUCCCAGGCGGCGGAAGCGCGGAUGUCUCGCGGGGCUGCUCCACUCCGUCUGGAUCCUUCUCGGCGACCGGGGCUUUGCGUUGGCGUAG